CUGUUUCGGCCGCUUCGCUUAGGACUAGAACUGCCAUACCCUCCAGACUGGCCCCAAGCUCGCCCCAAGCUCACCCUAACCUGGGUCGUUGGCAGGAUGCCAUCAUCCUCAAAGACGAAGCUCGGUCGAAAGCUGAAUACCUACACACCACUUGAACCGACUGACAAAACCAAGGACUCCCUCCGUGACUUCUUUACGAUCCUUCCUCCUGACGGAAAACAGAAUCUGGCGGGGGACGUUUUAGGGUGUGCAGACGAUGAGAAGCUUCGACAACUACAAAAGGGCGGCAAAACACCAAUCGAAAUUACCCCAUCUCCGCGUUCUGGCGUUGAAGACUCAAUCGAGAAUCUUAAGAGCCAAAACAUCGAGCCUAUCAGCGGAAGCUGUCAGUCCCGACUCCGGCACCGCUGCUUAGAAAGAGACGGAAACAAAUGUCUUGCAACAGGGCACUACAGUCACAAUCACGCCCAUCCACAGAACGCAAUGACGACCCAUCUUGAAGCGGCCCACAUAAUUCCAUUUGCACUUGGAUCCUUUCAGGCCAAUGACGGCGAGGCAUUCAGACUCAUUUUCGAAGCAACGGGAGUUGCUCACCAGUAUCGGAUCAAGACCUUUCCAGAUACCGCAACAGCGCCGAUACGAGAUUUACCCAGAAAUCGGCUUGUUAAGUUCAAAGUUCACAAAGGAAGUUGGGAACUUCCAGAUUCUAAUCUGCUCGGAAUCCACGCUUGUAUUGGCAACUUCCUACAUAUGAGUGGCCAGGCGGAGAUAAUCGAUAAGGUACUGAAAGACUUUGAAGACUGUGGUGAUCUUGCCCCAAGUGGAAGCAUCAAUAUCGGAGACCUUCUUGCAGUAAGCGGCCUCUCACUGCUGCCCUCGAAUACCAACAAAACGCGCGAUUCCCGGGAGUCUCUAGAGAAGCAACGUCCUCUAGGGAAGCAAGAUAUAGUGACCGGUCUUUCACUACUGCCCUCAAAUAUUGACAGAACAUCCGAUACCCAAAAGAAGCAACGUCCUACAGAGAAGCAAGGACGCCUACGGGCGAAAUCCCUUGACACUGAGAACAAAUCCCGAGGAUACUAG